AUGACUGUAGAGCACAUUUUUGAUCUUCCUAAUAUUAGGAAAUCUCCUGAUGCUGCUGUGAUAUCUUCUACACUGGACGAAUUAGCGCCAAAAAAAAGAGUCAAAAAUUUCUCUCGAGCAGACGACAAUUUUGCACUUUUCGAUCAGUCUAGCUUAUUUGUCUGGCUGACAUCAUUAUUAGCCAGUCCUCUCGAUUGGAUAGACAGUGAAGAUGUGAGAGAGGAAAUAUGGGCCUCAGCAAGUCUAAGACUUUCCGAAAGAUGUGGCCGGACAGCUGCCCCUGAGUUUGAGCGCGAGAUAGAAGUCACUCUAGCGGAUGGCACACCUUUAGAAAUAAGGCUACUAGAACCGUCUUUAACCGAAGACAGUUUAGGUCUGAAGACAUGGGGCUCUGCUCUGGUCUUAGCAAAUAGAUUAGCUAAGGAGCACGCUAAACUUCUUAGAGAUCCCAUUUUGGAACUAGGUUCUGGAACUGGACUCUCUGGGAUUGUCGCAGCGAAGCUUGGCCAUGAAAUAUGGGUUUCAGAUUUGCCCGAAAUAAUAGACAAUCUAAGAAGAAAUGUUUCUAUGAACUGUAACAGCUCAGAUAAUAUUCGUGCUGAAGUUCUUGACUGGGCUAAUCCUUCAGAAUCUGAAAUCUUUAAAGAAAAGAAAGAGGAGUUCUCGUCAAUUUUGGUUUCUGAUCCAAUAUACUCACCGCAGCAUCCCAAGAUGGUGUGCGAUAUGAUAAAGACGUUCUUGAGACACACUAGUGAUGCUUUGGUAUGUGUUCAGCUUCCUCUGCGGCGAAAAUUUGAGCAAGAGAGGACUAGCUUCUAUGCUGGGCUGGAGAGUAUUGGUCUGGUGAGGAUACGCUAUGAAAUUGAACAUGGAGUGGAUGACUUUGGCGAAAUGGACUACGCUUGGUCAUCAUGGAAAUGGCGAGAUUAA